AGUGUAAAACCAUCAUGGAAUCCUACAGUAUGUAUUGUGUUGGUGUUGGUCAUAUACAUAUACAUUUCACUUUAACAUGUGAGCGGGAGCAUGUGAAUAUUUGUACAAUAUUUGGUUAAAGAGUUGAAUUAUUAGUUUACAAUUGCAAUUUGUUUUAUCGGGUGUAUAUUUUCAAUAAAUUAGUUAAAAUGAAGAAAGAAAUACUCCUCAAAGCUCAACAGUUCUUACAAAACAGGAAGAAUGCUAAUAAACUUGUUGACAUCGUAGAAGAACUUGAGGUUGAUAAAGCUGUGCCCUCCACUGUUCUGGCUACGGAUAUGGUAUUCAUGGAAGUUUUGAAUAGGGGGAGCAUGUGUGAAGAGAACUUAAAGAUAGAAGCAGAAGAAGUGGAUGCGGAAAGUGAGUACUGUCAGUGGCUGAGAGAUUGUUACGAUGAAGCAUGGACCAAGUUGUUGUUGUUACUCGUGAAGCACAAGACGAGUGUUCAAAUCCAGGCCGUAAGCACUCUGAUGAAGCUGGUGUGUCAGGAGGCGAAGCAUCCUUAUGUGUCUUCGUCCACGAAGAAGAGCUUUCCUCUGAAGAGGUUAAAGCUUAUUUUGCUAGCACUUCUAUCAUCAGAAAAAAGCAUGUCUCUUGCGUUGUCAAGGUUUCAAGAGUUCACAGAAAAACCAAAUGUGUUUUAUUUUGUUUGGAGUUUGCUGCCUAAUAUUGCCAGAACAGUGAAACAUCCAAAUCAAAUAUUUAUCAAGAACUUUCUUGACUUGGUUAGCAAAGUUCCAGUGCCAAAAACUAGUCCAAAAACCAAAGAAAAGGAUGCUGAAGCUACAGAAUCUCUUGUUGAAAGCGAGGAAACACCAUUUGAAAUCGACAUGCAACACAUACAUGGUUGGUUGAACAAGGUGUGGAACCACGCGAUAAGGUGGAAGCACUCACGUGCUACUCAGAAGCAGCUCUUGGUUUUGCUGUUGGAGAGUUUUCUGGUCCAUUUGAAAAAGCCAAUUCUCCUCACUGACUACCUUAUGGACUGCAUGGACAUGGGUGGCCCCAUUAGUUUACUCGCUCUGCAAGGAAUUUUCACCCUUAUACAGAACCACAACAUAGAGUAUCCUAAUAUUUACACCAAGUUAUAUUCUUUGUUUAAUGCUGAAGUUUUCCAAAUGAAGUACAAAGCUCGACUUUUUUUUUUGGCUGAUGUCUUCUUGAGCUCUACGCACUUAUCGGCCCACCUGGUGGCAGCGUUUGCGAAGCGACUAUCUCGUCUCUGCCUGGUGGCCCCACCGCAGGAUAUCAAGAUCCUUCUAGCAUUUGUCGGCAACCUCAUACUUAGGCACCCCGAGUUGAAGAAACUGAUCCACCAUCCUAUUGGAGGGGAAGUGAGCUGCGACCCGUUCGUUGCGGAUGAGGCAGACCCGUUGAAGAGCCGAGCCAUGGACAGCUCCCUGUGGGAGGUCGCCUCCAUGCAGCACCAUGUGCUGCCGGGCGUCGCCUCCGCUGCCAAGUUCAUCAACACCCCGCUGCCCUCCGUCGAGUGGGACAUGCACGCCCUGCUGGAGAGUUCCGAGGACGACAUUUUCGACAAGGAAGCCAAAAAGAAAGCUAAAGAAGUGAUGCUCACAUUUGAGAGGCCAACAUCUAUUGCUCUUCCUAGAGGAGAAAAGAUGCUUCAGUUUUGGAGUAUUACUGAAACCUGAGUAAUUUCAGUGUUUUCAUGGUGAAUGAGUAGAAUUGUGACUUCUAAGAAAUAAGUCGAAUAACAACUGAAGUGAAAUUUUGGUUUAGGUUAGCUACUUUAAUAAUAAGUAAAAUGUUUAUCAAAAUAAUUUUAAUGUUAAAAAAUAUGUGCGUUAUUUUUCGCUUUAUUUCCGAGAAUCUGUGACUUUAGACAUUUACUGUUUUUUAUACUGCUAUUUUGUCAGCUGCAUUGUAAUACAUGUUAUUGGUUGUACAAAUUAAAACAUUUUGACAGUU